AAAGCUUUUAUUUAUUGGGAAUAAAAUUCUUAUUUUUAAAAUUUUGGAAGAAACCAGUUAUCCACUUAUCUUGCACCAAUUAUUGGUAAUUUUGCCAAAAAAUUGAUUAAUUUGUCGCUGCUGCAAUUUCUUUGAGGUUGUUGUUUGUUGGUGGAUUAUCUGAAACUGAUCAGAUUAGUUUGGGGGAGAUGAAGUUCGGAAAGGAGUUCAAGGAACACUUGGAAGAAACCCUUCCGGAAUGGAGGGACAAAUACUUGCGCUACAAGCACUUCAAGAAGCUGCUCAAGUCCCUCCCUGACCCCUCCUCUCCCUCCGUGAACCCUCACGGCGCCGCCGCCGCCGGUGGAGACAGCUUCCGACCACCGCAGCCUGUCGACCUCCAUGACUGGUUCAUUAGAUUGCUCCGAGAAGAUCUCGAAAAGUUCAACGAUUUCUACGUCGAGCAAGAGGAAGAAUUCAUUAUUCGCUUUCAGGAAUUGAAGGAAAGGAUUGAGCAGGUGAAGGAGAAGAGCGGAAGAGAUGCAGCUUUCACAUCCGAGAGUGAAUUCAGUGAAGAAAUGAUAGAUAUACGUAAAGAUUUUGUUGCCAUACAUGGGCAGAUGGUCCUACUCCAGAAUUAUAGCUCCUUAAAUUUUGCAGGACUUGUGAAAAUCCUCAAAAAGUAUGAUAAACGAACUGGGGAGUUGCUGCGCCUACCUUUUACACAGUAUGCUGUUCAUCAGCCCUUCUUCACAACCGAACCGCUUACAAGAUUAGUUCGUGAGUGUGAGGCAAACCUCGAGCUUCUCUUUCCUUUGGAAGCAGAAGUUAUUGAAUCUGUUCCUACUGUACGUGACCAUCCAGAAGCUUCCUCUUCAAAUGCAUCAAACAUUUCUAGAGCUACUAAAUUGCAGCUUGGAGAGGAAAACGUGGGCAUAUAUCGGAGUACGCUUGCUGCAAUCAGAGCCAUACAAGGCCUAAGGAAGGCAAGCUCAACUUCAAAUCCACUGUCAUUUUCAUCUCUGCUGGCGGAUCAAGAUCAUGACAGUACGGGUUCUGUGACUGCAGAGAACUCUUCUGACUCUGAGACCAUGUUUGGCUCCCGGGAUGGUGAAGAGGCAACUCAGAAUGCAGAGGUUUCCCAUUCCUCCAAAUAGAAACCCCUUUUUUUCUAGUUUUUUGAUUCCGAGACAUAGUAUGGGUUCUCUGCAAUAAGUUCUAGCUGAUGUAGUUUUAGGGGAGGCCAAAUCUUCAGGUGUGCCAUACCAUCUUUUCUCUCUCUUUUUUUUAAAAGUUGGUUCUUAUAAAAAAUUGGUUGUGAGUAAAUAGCCGUUGAUAUU